AUGUUUGAUUAUAGGGAUAGGAAACUAUGUGAUGGAUCCACAGAUCCAAACAAGGAGGCUACUUGUGGGAGCCCAUUAGGACUCAAAUUUGACAGGAAAACAUGUAAUCUUUAUAUAGCAGAUGCGUACUUUGGGCUACUAAUGGUCGCGCCUAGUGGUGGUGUGGCCAAACAACUAGCCAUUUCUGCUUACGAUGGCGAUGCUCCUUUCAAAUUCCUUAACGGCUUAGAUGUUGAUAGCCUAACAGGUGUGGUUUAUUUCUCAGAAAGCAGCACCGUUUACCAAAGAAGGGAAGUUGAGAUGAUAUUCCAAAAAGGAGAUAAAACAGGAAGAUUGCUGAAAUAUGAUCCGAAAACUAAGAAAGUAGAGAUCUUGCUGAAAGGCUUGGCAUUUGCAAAUGGUGUGGCUUUGAACAAGGAUGGCUCAUUCCUUCUGGUAGCAGAAACAAGUUCAAGAAAGAUUACAAAGUUCUGGCUCAAAGGCUCCAAGAAUUACACCUCAGAACUCUUUACACAACUUAAAAGGCCACCAGAUAACAUCAAGAGAAAGAAAAAUGGGGACUUCUGGGUGGGUCUGAACAGUAACAGAACAUCAUCGGAAAAUGCUAAUACUAAUGAGAGUUUAGGGGAUGACCCUGUGGGAGUGAAGUUUGAUGAGAAGGCUAAGACUUUGGAGGUUUUGGAUGGAAGAGGAGGUCCAGAGCUUGAGUCUGUGAGCGAAGUGAAAGAACAUUAUGGGAAAUUGUGGAUUGGGUCGGCUACCAAACCUUACGCUGUUGUAGUUAAGGUAUAG